GGGAGAGCAACGACGAACACAGCCUAGUGAAGCUGGAGGUGCUGCGUCUCGGGGAAGGGACGGGACAGGACAGGAGGGAAGGAGAGAGAAAGAGCUCGUGAGAGGAGUCUCGAAACCCCUCACAGGAGAAGCUGGCAGGCAGGGCUAUGGCAGCCUUGAUGGUGCAAAAUCCACACACAGAGGCAAGUUUGUGGGUCGUUGUGCCCAAGUAGGGCGUAGAUUGGCUCUGGGAAAAGAUUUUCGUGGUUUUCCCGUGACAGGUGAGGUAAUUCUGGACCGCCUUUCGACCAUGGACGAAGAACAGCUGAAGAAGAAUACAGAUUGCGUCUACUUCUUGGCGUCGCCGCUCACGUGUAAGAAGGGAAAUGACUGCGAAUUUCGUCAUAGCGAGAGUGCGAGGGUAAAUCCACGGGACUGUCGUUAUUGGCUUGGUGGCAAUUGUCUCAACUGGGAUUGCCCAUUCCGUCAUCCACCUUUAGAAGGACGGCCGACUGUAGCUGCGAACGCUGCACCGAUUCCGGGAGUUGCGAACAAGUCCAGGAUUCCAUGUUAUUUUUUUUCACAGGGAUUUUGUGCCAAGGGAGAGAAAUGUACGUUCAUGCACGGUACACCAUCUUUGGCACCGAAAUCCUCAGCGCCACAACGACCGGUUAGGUCAGGUCCAGCAAGCGCAAUUGAAUCUAACGACAAGGAAUCUGUGCCAGCCGCGAAUGGAGUAGCUGCAAAGCCAAACAUUGAGGUUACACUCGAAACACAAGCUCCUGCGGAGACAAGACCAGCUCACGUAGGAGGUGUUCAGACAAGCCCUCGCAAGGAAGUAAGAACGUACCCAGGUACCGGAGCCAACCAAAACGGUGGGGCUAGAGGUAGAUCAGAGGGUCCUAGUUCCGGUCAUGUCGGCAGCGGCAGGUUACGUAUCCGCCAAGUUCAGCCUGGCGAUGAUAGGGUGCAGAAUGGUAUGGAACAAGAUGAAUGGUGGGAAGAGUCAUCACCGGGAUUCGAUGUACUCGUGGAUGACGGGCCAGAGCAAUCGCGCUACCCUGAUGACUCAGAGUUUCAAUCAGUGGGUGAAGGGGGACUGGAGACAGGGAAAGGUGGCAGCAGAAGUAGAGUAAGGUCGAUGCGAAUGGCCGAUGACAUAGAGCAGUACGAUUAUGAUUAUCCCCACCAAUAUGACCAUCCAUAUGAAGGCAAUGCGUCUUAUGAGCAUGGUGGAUAUGAGUACAGUGUGCACGAACAGCAAGGAGGGUAUGAUCCUUCAGGUGCCUAUGAGCACAUGGGCCAACGAGGCGGCUACUCUGACAGAGGUGGACCGGAUGAGAUGCUUGCCCGAGAAAGACUAGGACUACCUAUGGAAGUGGAUGUACGUUCUGGUGGCGGUAAUAAUGAUCACCGGUCAAGACUUGGAAGCGUAAAGCGUAGGAGACCCGAUGGAGGUCCGCAACAUUCUUCGGAGAAUCAUUCACGAAGACAGCGUACUGAGAUGCCUAUGGAUGAGUACCAGCAUCAUCAAAGGCAGCAGGAGGAUCAGCAAAAACAGCAUGAACUUCAGCUGAGACAGGAACUUUUUAUUCAAUCCGGAUUAAGGUACAACAAUCAUUUCAGUGGCAGAAGGCAGUUUGAGAAGAACCCAGUUGAAACUGCUGGGGUGGCUCGACGAGCCUUGCAAGAUAUUGGUGCCGAGGUGGCAAUAUCUACGACAGACAGAGUUCAGAGUAAACCUGGAUUGAAAGGUCGGUCCGUGGUCGACAACUCGAGAAGUGGACUCAAGGAAAGUGAACAUAGUAGGAUUUCAAAAGUCUCAGAUUCUCUCGGAGAAUCUGAAGGCAGGAACUAUAUGGAUCUUGAAGGGAAUAGGAAGACGGAGAAGGAAGUGAGGAAGGAUCCUUCAACAUUUGCAGGACCCAAGACCUUGGCGCAAAUUAAAGCUGAGAAGAGAAAGGGAGCAGUCGAAGGUUCCUCUAAGAAGGAAUCAUUAAAUGGUUCUAAGUUACCCCUUCAGACCAGUUCCGCAUCGAAGGGAGCAGCCGGGCGGAGCCAGCAGCAAUCGCCUGCAAUUUUCGUCGGGGAUGCCAUGUCAGGUGAUGCCUCCAUUGAAGAGAGGAAGAUUAGGCUGGAUAAGGUGGUCCCCAGUGAAGUGAAGAAGCUUACAGCUUUUGAAGGACCGAAGUCCUUGAGUGCAAUCCUAAAGGAGAAGCGCAAGGUGGAGCCAGAAGGUGAUGCCAAGCCAGAGGAAACAAGUAGAGAUCAUUUGCAAAGAAUCUCACCAUCUGGGAGUACAAUGGUUGCUGCCACAGGUGUAGACACAGGAUCAGCUGUAGAGUCGGAAUUACGAGAGGUAGACACAGGAAUAGGAACAGAUCUAGAUGCAGACGUUGAGGAUGGAGAGCUGUUGUCUGACGAUGAUGGCGCUCUUAAAAGUAGAAAUGAUAUGAAUGAUGAAGAUAGGAACACGUACUCCUUGGACCGUGGAGCAGUUGAACUUCAGGGUACCUCAUCAAGGGACAGUCAGUGGCAACACGAUGAAACAGCAAAUGCCAUGCAGACUGUUGAAGGAGGUGAAGACGAUAUAAUUGAAGAACCUGUUCAUGGUUCUGAUUACGGCGAUGUCCAAGAAGAUUACGAGGAAGAAGUCAGAGAGUUAGAUGUAGACCAUGAUGAAGACGAAGAAGCCUUUGUUGGGCUUGACGAUGAAGAGGAAGAUGACUUCGCCAAGAAGCUCGGUGGCUUUUUUUCUUAGGCUAGAACGUAGUAGUCUUCGUGUAUCGAAAGGAGUUCAUGGUGAGAGAUAAGCUCGAGGAGGCGGCUGCUUUGCAGUGAAAUUGCUGCCAAUAUUUUUGGAUUGUGGUUUCUGUGGAGCAUCUCCGCUGUACCCCUGGCCUUAGGCAACGAUUUUUCUUUUCAAACUGAUCAUAUACUUCCUUAAUGGGUCCGGUCCCAUCACUCAAAGAUCAGUGCAACAGCCUUCUGAAUAUAGCAAGUGCACAAACUCUGGUGAAUGUCAGGAAGCAUGGUGAAGGAGUGAUACUCUGGGUGGAGUAGCCGGUUCAUGGCAGCCAGGGUCCUCGUUCUCUUUCCCGAGGGCUUCACCAGAGAUAAAAAAACACCACUCUUGAGGAGACUGGAAUUGUGCCAAACAAUGGGACGCCUAGCUUGCACACUUCGGGCACGGUAUCGAUCAGAAGUUGUUAUCUUAUCUCCGAAAUAUGACGAAUCACGGACACGUAUUACUCUCCGCUCACGAACGCGUACUUCGUAACCUCAUACUCAUGUUUUCCGGCGUAUGAGUAUGAACUCAGCUGAGGUGCUGAGUAUGACCUCAGCACCUCCUCAUUUUUUCUGGGUAUUUUCCUGGUUGAUGGAUUCUAUGUCCUAUCUACACAUAAAGAGCGCUGCAGUUACAUGAGUUUUUCAUUUUGUGGUUUUUCUUCCAACAAUUGUUGGUUAGUAUUUCCUGUUUCUCGGAUCAUACAUGCACUUCUUCUAUCAUUCAAAGUGCACUUUCAUCUCUCUGACUUAGCCGGAGAGUGGGAGGUUUUCAUCUUACAGGUCACUCUGUUCUGUGACACGUUCUCCCCGUCUGUUGAAGCCGUCCUGUUAAGAAAGGAAUUGCAGUGGGAGUUAUAAAUCUUGACUUAGUCCACGCAGACACCACAUUUUUUCGCGUUCUCAGUUGAUUGAAGAGGUUUUGAUA